AUCUUGCUUUUUGACUUUUGACAGACCGGUUCUUAAGAAUUGUUUUGUUUAGUAAAUUCAUACUUUUUUAAAAUUUAUCUAUCAAUUUAUAUAAAAUUAAAGAUUAUACAUAACAAUGGAAGAUGUUUUAGUACUUAAAGAUUAUAAAACUGUUCCUGACAUUGUUCAUGAGUAUAACACUACAUUGCAGUUUGGUCACGUUCCUUUGGUUAUAGAUAAUGGCUCUUACCAGUGCAGAGUUGGUUGGUCAAUAUAUGAUGAUCCACAAUUGAUAUUCAAGAAUUUGAUAGCUAGACCAAGAAAAGACAGGUGUAAAAAGGAUGCUGAACCCCCAGUAACACCACCUAUCCAAAUAGGGAAUGACAUUAUUAACAUUGAAGCUGUAAGAUUUCAACUAAAAACUCAGUUUGAUAAAAAUGUAGUGACACACUUUGAGGCACAAGAGCAAGUAUUUGAUUACAUCUUCUCACAUUUAGGCAUAAACAGUGAAGGCAAUGUGCCACAUCCUAUUGUAAUGACUGAGGCAUUUGUAACACCUAAUUAUUGCAGACAAUUGAUGUCUGAACUACUUUUUGAAGGAUAUGGCAUUCCAGCAGUCAGUUACGGUGUUGACUCACUGUUCAGUAUGUACAAGAAUGACAUUGGUGACACAGCACUCAUUGUCAACUGUGGAUACCACACUAUACACAUCAUACCAGUUAUUCGAGGGAAAGUCAUUGUGGAACAUGCCAGAAGAAUCAAUUUGGGUGGCAGUGAAAUGAUCUGUUACUUGCACAAAUUGCUUCAACUGAAAUAUCCAGUUCAUGUAAAUGCUAUCACAAUGUCUCGGAUAGAAGAAAUUUUACAAGAACAUUCUUCAAUAGCUCUCGACUAUCAAGAGGAGAUAAGGAAAUGGGCUAACCCCGAUUAUUAUGAAGCUAAUGUAAAGAGAAUACAAUUACCAUUUAUACAGUCGGCAAGUUCUACUGGGUUGACAGCUGAGCAACAAAAAGAACGCAAAAAAGAAAUGGCUCGGAGAUUACUGGAAAUAAAUGCAAGAAAACGAGAGGAAAGACUUGCAGAGGAUGAAGAAAUGCUUAAUCAGUUAAUGGCCAUACAGGAUAUGAUAGAGGAUGGUGACACUGAUGAAUUUAAUGAAGCAAUUAAGGGUUUUGACAUUAAAAGUUAUGAAGAUCUUCAACGCCAAAUAUCGAAUGUGAAUUUGAGGAUAGAAAAGAAUAAACAGCGCAUCGCUGCCGCUGCUAACGCUGAAGAGAAUUUAGACGCGAGACCUAGUACCGGACGAAUACAGCCACCCACUGAUCCUGAGGCAUUUCAGACAUGGCUAAACGACACACGGGCCAAGUAUAGGGCACUAAUGGCGGCACGGUCGGCGCGGCGAGCUCGCAGGGCGGCCAUGCUACGGCGCCGCACACCCGCCGCCGCCGAACGCAUGCGGGUCAUCUCGCGCCUCGCCGCCGCCGGCGACGACUUCGGCGCACAAGACUCCGACUGGGACGCGUAUAAGAGUAUAAGUAGAGAAGCAGAUUCUGAUUCCGAAGCUGAUGGAGAGCGUUUGAUGGAAUUGGAAGAAGCGCUUCGCGAAUAUGAACCGCAACAAUCCUCUCACCAGCACCACCAAUUACACUUGGCAAUUGAGCCUUUCAGAGCUCCAGAAUUAAUGUUUCAACCGUCGAUGAUGGGCAACUUGGAAGCGGGUUUAGCAGAAACAAUGGAGUAUGUAUUUAAACACUUCAGUCCUGAAGAUCAACUAUUGUUAGCUAAUAAUGUGUUUCUCACAGGAGGCUGCUCACAAUUUCCAGGUCUCAAAGAAAGACUAGAGAGAGAACUCCUCGAAAUGAGACCUUUCCAAUCAACACACAAGGUAGUAACGGCCGCAAACCCUAGUCUUGACGCCUGGUAUGGCGCCAGAGAUUUCGCAGGCAGUAAUGAAUUUGAAAAUUGGUGUGUAUCCAAAGAAGAAUAUUACGAGAUGGGCGGUGAAUAUUUAAAAGAGCACUAUGCUAGUAAUAUUUACUAUAAGAGCCCUGCGCCUAUUGUGGACACCACUUUAGCACCGGCUGGCGACGCUAAUGUUGUCAAAGAGGAAAUAGUAGUUGAUUCCUAACCUUACCAAUUAUUCAAUAUACGCACAUAUGUAACUAAAUAUUUUUAUCCAUUCCAAGGCAGUAUACAUUUAACAACUUAUUAUUAAAGGUUGAAUUUGCAUAUUUUGACUGAACAAAAAUAUAAUGGACCGAGCUGUUUCAUGAAUUCUAAAGCUAGCAAGGUUAAGAAGUUGCUUUUUUGUAUGAAUGAUAUUGAUAAUGAAACGUUACUGCUCACCCUAUCGGUAUACGCUGGCGGAGUACCAAUGAAAGAUAAGAAGUGAGAGUUAAACCGGCUCAAUUCGCCAAAGUGACGAAUGUAUCCAAAAUUAAUCACAAUAGUAAUCGAGAAAAACCGCGUGGAGGUCAACCUGACAGAGUAUUGUUUAGACACUGACUUGCGCCAUGGAGUCGCGGGUGGAUGUAAACAUGCGAGACGAGCAGACGCCAUCGACUUCAUGAUGGUGGCUUCGCAUUUCUCAUCUCGUUACCGAACACAAUUUUUUUUUAUAUGAAUUUAUAUAAAUUAUAAUAGUUUACAGUC